AGAUGCCCGAUGAGCAAAGAAACCGUGCACUAGCAUUUCAAAGACGUUUAGACGUUUCAAAGACAUUUCAAAGAUGUGCAGUUCUAAACUACUACAUAUUUGUUGAGGGCCGCCCUCGCUUGCCGCUCGUGGUCACAGGCUCCCUCUCUGAUUCGAUCGAUGAUUGUCUAGAUUUUGCUGUGUUCGAGAUUUUCUGUCGAGCCGAAUUGUACUGGAUCGAAAUGAGGAACAGAGUCGUGGACCUCAGUUAGAGCUUUGUAUUCUUUGAUUUCUGAGGUUAGAAAUUUCUUGAGCGCUUAGAUUUUCUACAUUGUUUUUUACGAGUGUUUUCUUGUUAUAGAAUUUGGUUUUUGUACUCCCGGUGUUUCAAGGUUUGCGGGAAUUACCUCCGAUGCCAGUCGAAUGUCUCACAAACAAUCUUUCAGGAGAUUGAGCUAUCAAUCCUGGUCCUUUGUUCGAACCAUUUCUGCUGGAAACACUUGAAUUAUCGCAUCGUAAUGAUUAUUAUGGAUUUGGAGCACUCCCAUUGUAAUCGCUGCUGAAAGCUGGUUUUUUUUAAUCAAAGCAAUUGGUGAGAGUUUUCUCUUCUUUCUUUCUGUGUGCUUCAAAAUUGAUCGGUUUCAGAGAAAGCCCUUGAAGUUGCCGUUGGGAAGUAUUUGCUUGGCUGGCGACAUGCUUGCUUCAGCUGCGGUUGUUCUUCCUUGCUCAGUUCGACUUUACCACUUUUCUUGGUCUGACAGUUGAUCUUCGUCAUCUUCUGCAGCAAUUGCUGAUCCGCCUUCUUUUACGAUUAUUUACUGUUCUGACUCGCUCCUUUCCUGAAACUUUUAUUGUAAACUAUUAUGUUUCUUACUUUCGUCGCUCUUGUUUCUCUCUCUCCCAUCUUCAUCGUCUGGAGAACCCUGAUUCUCGGCGAAAUUGCCUCGGCGGUUCACGUCUUACAUCUCUCACUUCCCCCAUACUGACGUCGGACAUUCUGACGCUGGUGUCUAUCAUCCGUGUAGAACAUCAUUCGAAUGACUUUGAUCAUAUCUUAGUUUCUUCAACUGCCAAAAGAAAUGUCUCCCAGAUCACCGGAAAAUAGAAGUGCGAAGGAGCACGCUUUUGAAGAAGAAGAUGAAGAACGCUACGUCGAUCAUGAGGCAUCUCAAGAUGACCUUAUCACUGAUAAAUAUGUCAAAGAAACUGUGUCCGCUGAAGAACCCAUGCCAAGUGAAACGUCUCCACGGCCGCCCUCUCCAUUUGAGGGCUUUCUCGAGGAGGUCCCAGAUACUCAAUCGUCAUUUCCGGCCAAAAUAGUUACUGCAAGAGCCUUCGAAGAUCGUCUCUUCAUUAUUGACAAGCGUGAUGAGGCUUUCAUUGAUGAGAACGAAGUCCGAGAAUUCAAGGAUUCAGAAAUAUCACCACAUGACAGAUCAUCCCAGGAAUCGAAAGUGCCUGACCCUACUGGAAAAAUAGAUUCAGCAGUCCAAGUCCAAGUUUUGGCGUUCGAGGCGAUCGAGUCAGAGGAGAAGUCCAACUCUCCAGACAUUACAGCUGCUGUUUCUCCAGAACAAGGAGCAAACUUGUUGUCGCGCCUCACAUUCUGGUGGAUAAAUAGCCUGAUGUGGACGGGAUUUAAGAAGCCGCUGGAGAUCGUGGAUUUGCCCUCUCUCCCUGAAUGGGAUGACGCGGAUGUUGUCCACAAGUUGUUUAUGAGUGCUUGGAAAACUGAGCAGCAAAAACUUGAUCCAUCACUGUUGAAAACCUUGUUCAAGGUAUUUUGGCCGAAAUUGCUUAUAGCUGCGUUCCUCCAGCUGUUAUCAAUCCUACUUCAGUUUACUCCACCAAUAUUUCUGAAUUCUCUUCUUACAUAUAUUCAAGGGAAUCCGACGACGAACUUCAUGUUUAGAAUAUUUGGCCAUCGUUUUGGAUAUUAUACCGCUGCAGCUUUCCUGGUUGUUCCCACUGUCAGAUCACUGACGGAUAAUACGAUUAUGCAGAUAAUGUUCCGACUGGGCAUGAAUAUGAAGACAGCCCUUAUUAAAACUGUCUAUCAAAAAAGCCUCAACUUGUCCAACUCCGCUCGACAAAGCAAGUCUGUGGGUGAGAUUGUUAUUUUAAUGCAGGUCGAUACUGAGAAAGUAAAUGGAGCAUCACCUUUUCUGCAGACAACAUGGAGCGCAAUAGUUCAGGUGAUCGGGAAUAUUGCGCUACUGCUUUACUAUAUGGGUUGGAGUGCUAUGGUGGGAAUUGGCUUGCUUCUGUUAACCAUACCAAUGCAGGGAAAGGUGGUUCAAAACAUGAUGCUUAUUCAAAAAGUCAUUCUGAAAAAUACUGGAAGGCGCGUAAAGGUCGUAAAUGAAGUCCUCCAAGGUAUAAGAGUUGUAAAGGCAUAUGCCUGGGAAGAACCUUUCAACGCAACUAUCAACGGUGUUCGGGCCUUGGAGCUUAAAUCUAUGAGAAGACGGGUGUUUCUCAGAGCUCUACAGACUUGCCUCAUGCUUGCUACGCCGGUUCUGAUAAUGGUGGUCAGUUUUUCGAUCUAUGCUGGUGUGCAAAAGAAGGACAUGACUGCAGCAACUGUUUUCACCUGCCUCUCUCUCUUCAACAGUCUUCGUCAACCUCUUAUGAUGUAUCCAUUUGUAAUCAACGGCGUCAUUUCUGGCUAUGUAUCAUUGAAUAGGCUAUCUCGAUUCAUGCAGAGUGAAGAAAUGCACCCUAUUCCAAGAGGGCCCAUUACAGGCGACAAACCUGUGCUGCAUAUGGAAAACAGCACCUUUCAGUGGGUAUCAGGGUCAAUUGGAGGAUUUGGAAGGCCUAGUCCCGAUGCUUAUAGUCCUGUCAUGGAGGAUGAGUCGAAAGAUACUACUUCAGUGGGAACAAGCAAAUCAGGUGUUUAUCAGAAGAAACUAGAUCCAGAAGUUACCCCCCGACCUGAAAAGUUUUCUCUAAGAAACAUAUCGCUUACAGUAAACAGAGGUCAACUUGUAGCUAUUGUUGGGCCAGUUGGCAGCGGGAAGAGUUCCUUAGCUGCAGCAUUUCUUGGUGAAAUGCAGCAGAUUUCUGGCGAAAACUUCACCGCUAAUGGUACUUUGGCAUACUGUGCACAACAGGCAUGGAUUAUGAAUGCGUCGUUGAAAGACAAUAUACUCUUUGGACUUGAAUAUGAUGAAGGGCGUUAUCGAGCCGUUCUAUCAGCCUGUGCCUUAGACCAGGAUUUGGUGAACUUACCAGAUGGAGAUCAGACUGAAAUAGGCGAGCGUGGCAUCAACUUGAGUGGUGGUCAAAAGCAACGAGUUUCUCUAGCACGUGCCGUAUAUGCUGACAUGGAUGUGUAUCUACUCGACGAUCCACUCAGUGCUGUAGAUGCGCAUGUUGGAGCCCAUCUAUUUUCAAAGUGCAUAACAGGCUUCCUUUCCGACAAGACUCGCAUCUUUAUUACAAACCAGCUGCAAUACGUGCCCUCGGUUGAUCACAUCAUGGUACUCGAGGAAGGGGCUGUUGCGGAACAGGGAGCAUUCGAGGACCUUGUUUUGCAAGAUGGUGAAUUUUCAAGAUUGAUGAAGGAAAGUGGCAUACAAAAAGGAGAGGAAGAAACUGAAGAAGAGACAAGUGAUACAAUGUCGCCUUUAUGUUGGGGAGGUGGUGAACGAAAGACACUGAGGAGGACCAAGUAUCGUGCUAGAGCAAGUACCUAUUCUGGUAAGGGACUACUUGUUCAAGACGAGCAUCGUAUUCGGGGCACUCUACAACUGAGCGUCUUCAAGAACUACUGGACAGAAGCGAGCUGGAUUAUGCCCCUCUUCGUUCUUGCUCUUUACUGUGCAGUCCAGUGCGUGGAUGCAUUCAACCGUUAUUGGUUGGCGUAUUGGACAAACAACCACUUUCGCCAGUCCACAGCUUUCUAUCUAGGGAUCUACGCAGCUCUAGGAGUAUUCUUCGCAGGUUUGCUGUACUCUCGAAUGCUAAGUCAGCUGAUGUUGGGAUUGUGGACUGCCAAGAAAUUGCAUGAGAGCGUACUUGAUUCUAUAAUGCAUGCACCGAUGUCAUUCUUCGACACCACACCUGUUGGUCGCAUUUUGAAUCGCUUCAGUGCUGACCAGCAAACGGUUGAUGAAACUCUCCCGUUUUCUUGGGUGUCGUUUCUCAACAUACUUUUCCAGGCUUUCAGCACAAUCAUAGUCAUUUCUCUGAACACACCAAUAUUUAUCUUGAUCUUUCUUCCAACGGGUGUACUAUACACUUUCAUCCAGCAGGUAUAUAGAAGAACAGCCCGUGAGCUGAAGCGAUUAGGUAGUUUGUCAAUAAGUCCGGUAUACCAGCAGUUCACGGAAACUCUUAAUGGACUUGCUACUAUUCGUGCGUAUCAGCAAGAAGAUCGUUUCAUGGAAAUGUGUGCAGGCAAGUUGAAUGUCACAAAUAGGGCGUAUAUGUUGCUUCAAAGCUGCAAUCGUUGGUUGAGCGUCCGACUUGAGUUUAUGGGCAACCUGAUGGUUUUUGCUGCUGCGCUGCUUGCAGUGAGCAAGAAAGGAACUCUAUACGCAGGAUAUGCAGGCAUCAGCAUUGACUAUGCCAUGCAGAUAACAGCUUCUUUGAACAUGCUGGUACGAACGAUGACAGAUACAGAAAACCAAAUGAAUGCGGUGGAACGUAUGUUGGAGUAUCGUCACCGCAUUGAACAUGAGGGACCAAUAACGCCCAGUCAAAUAACACCCCCACAAGACUGGCCGACUGAAGGGGCCAUCGAGUUUGAGACCCUUGAGAUGCGAUAUCGCCCAGGACUUCCUCUCGUACUGAAGGGGGUGUCUAUGAGUAUAAAUGGAGGGGAGGUAGUUGGAGUUGUAGGGCGUACAGGAUCAGGAAAGAGCAGUUUGAUGUUGUGUUUAUUUCGACUGGUAGAGCCUGCAAGUGGUAGGAUUAAAAUAGAUGGCAUCGACAUAGGAAAUAUCACACUGAAGAACCUGCGAUCUCGGCUUUCGAUUAUUCCCCAAGAGCCCAUACUUUUCAGUGGCACCGUCAGAACCAACAUAGAUCCUUUCAGUGCCCAUUCGGAUGAUGAGAUAUGGAAGGUUUUGGAGCGAAGUCACCUGAAAGACAAGGUGACGGAGCUCCCAGGUAAACUGGAUGCUGACGUAGCAGAGUAUGGAGAGAACUUCUCAGUUGGAGAGCGGCAGUUACUCUGCUUGGCGAGGGUGCUGUUGCGGAGCUGCAAAAUUCUCAUCAUGGAUGAAGCUACCAGCAGUGUUGACUUUGAAACAGAUAAACUCAUCCAGGGCACCAUCCGCACACAUUUGCGGGGCACGACCAUGCUCAUCAUUGCCCACCGCAUCAAUACUGUCAUAGACGCAUCUCGAGUUCUUGUUCUCUCUCAAGGAAAGGUGGUGGAGUAUGAUACACCCGCUGCCCUCCUCGAUCGACCACAGGGAAUAUUUUCUACUCUCGUACAGGAUACAGGAGAGUCAACAGCUGGACAUCUGAUUAAGUUAGCCUCUUCUAGGCGAUCUUUCUUCUCACAGGAAGAAAGUCCUUAAUAAGUCGGGUUGCCAUAAUAGUGCCGGCGCAGUACAAAAACAAGAGUUGGUAGGUAUUGAACGUAGCGUGUAGCAGUUAAGAUCUCUUCUCCAUGCCCAUUUGAGACAUCACUGUCAUUUCCAGGCAUCAGCUCCCACGUAGAAGGAUAGAUGACAAAAUAAAUUUUGACACGGUUUUCACAAUGUAAAAGCAUUUCAUCACAGAAACGCUGCUUACAAGCUUUCCACUC